CACGACUGCCAUUUAAAGAUCGAGAUUAAGUAAGACCGCGAAAAGAAAAGAUGAGCUGGAUGUUUUACUUUGCAGUGAUCCUAGCAGAGGCGCUCGUCGAAAACGCAGUCGCGCAAAGCUCCAAGAGUUUUUGCGAAAAGUAUGGGACUGUUUUCUUCCCGGUGCCGAACACGCACUGCCAGGACUUCUCCCAGGAGGCAAUAGAGGGCAGCAGGUACCAGUACAGGCUAAAGAGGUGUGGGGAGCACCUGGCCUUUGACGUCGAAGUAUGCGCCUGUAACUGGAAAACAGAAUUCUCUUGUCCUCUUACUUUCAACUACACGUCUACGCCCAAAUACAUCUCAUGUGUGGCGAAGUGUAUGGGCCUCACUACCGUGGAGGUGCAGAACAUAUUCAGUGACUGCGGCACCAGUGCUGGCUGCUGGGCAGGACAUGGGGGCAGCUACUGCUACUUUAUCUGUCACAUUCGACCAGAGCAACCAGGUGACCAGUGCGUACCUGACUCCGGUCAAGUGUGGAGCGCAUGUGGCUCCGCCUGUACCAAGACAUGCCGCGACCCCAACCCACCUUGCCGUAAUAAGCAGUGUGUAGCAAGAUGUCAGUGCUCGCCAAGCAGACCGCUUUCCUUGGGUGGACAGUGUGUCAGCGCAGCCCAGUGCCCCUCACUCGCGGCGACUAAUUGUACAGUGUUUGGCAACAACUACCAGGUGAUUGCAAAUACCCAAUGCAAGCAGUUUGUCCAAGGCCCUCCAGGUGUCCCCAAAACCAAGACGUGCAUACCCGGCAGCACAUUCGACCCACUGAGGUGCGGCUGCGUACGUGAAGGCACAUUUCCUUGUCCUAAUUAGAAUCAUAAAACCAAA